GAUCUGAUUCGACAAGGAGUAGCAUCCUGUGCCAGCAAACACGAGAGUCCACCAUGGAGUAACGCUGAAGACUUUGCCGUCUGGAACCCCGCUGAAUGUAAUUCCACAUUAUAACACAAACUGUGAAGUCUCGGGCGAAAAUUAAGACUCCGUCGUUGUUCCUGCUGUGAAGCUAGUUGCGCAAAACAGUCAAGAAUGGAGCCAUCAGAGCAGUCAGGCCCGGUUUCAGGCUCUCAGGAUGUCAACCCUGUGUUUCUGCAGCAGCUCAGAGAGCUGGACAUCCCAGAGGAGGCAGCCAAACAGGCACUUCUGCACACUCGGAACGUGUCUGCCGAGGAGGCGGCCAUGUACUACUUCAACAAGCUGGAGAAUGAGGAGGAGGGAGAUGAUGAUCUCAUGUUCAAGAUGGUAUUUGUGGUGAACAUGGACCUUGCCAUGGGUGUUGGAAAGGUGGCAGCCCAGGUUGGCCAUGCUGCUGUGGGUUUGUACCAGGCUCUGCAGGAGAAGAACAGCUGGAGGGAGAUGGCCUGGAAGUGGGACCACAGUGGAGCCAAGAAGGUGGUGGUUCAAGGCACCAACGUGGCUCAUCUACUGGAGCUGCAGGCCCUGGCCAUGAGCCUCAGCCUGCCCACUUACCUGGUCCAGGAUGCAGGGCUUACGCAGGUGGAAGCUGGGUCCCGCACUGUCCUAGCCAUCAUGGGUGAGGAGGAGAUGGUGAACAAUGUCACUGGGAGUCUGAAGCUGCUCUGAGGGACUCACACGCACCGUGGGGGACGCAUGGCUCUGCAGUGCCACUGAGCACCCAGCAGAGGGCAGCAUUUCCCAGCAGCAGGGAGAGUCUUGGCAUGUUAGAGUGUAACAACCUUUUAAAAAGACCUAAAGAACAGGGGGAAUGUCCCAACACCAGAAAACAAACACUCUCAGCCAUUUGUUUCCCUUUCAUUCUUAGUCGCCGCUUAGUCGGCCGUUGAGAGCAGGAGGGGUGAGAGACCGAUUCUCCACAGGCGAACGAGACGAAGGCAGUCUUUUUGUGGUGACCUUUCCCUUUUUUGAACAGGCCACCUAUUUAGAGGAGUCUUGUUAGAAUCUUAAUCAGUUUUCAAACACAUCUAGUCUGUUGUCCAGUCUGUCAUAUGGCAAAGUCAAAUUCAGUUUUUUGGUGGUUGACCAAUAUUGUAAUUAUGCUUAUUCAAGGGGCCGUGUACUGUAGCCUUAUACAUGAUUAUGAUUAUACCCAUAGCAGAUGUAGUAUUUCCCUGUUGGAUCCACUACUCCUGAGUGAAGGGUAACUUAUUAACUGAUAACACAUAACACUCAUUUUUGACGUUAAAAUUAUUUUGUGUCUGUAUGCAACUGUUCUCCCAAAGACCCCUAUCCUGUAGACUCAGUAACAUCACUUCGUAUUGAUAAAUGGCUAUAUUUUGUAUACAUAUGCCUGUUAGGGCCAUAUACUGUAUAAUCUGUGGUGUGCCAUCUUAAACAGUAUGCACAGUUACUGGACUUUAUUAUAUUGUUUUUUUUUAUCAGCAAAAGGAAAGAAAUCUUAAGUCAUAAUUUUUGGAUUUUUUGGUAGAAGUUGAUGGUGGGGAGGAGUUCUGUGGAGCAGAAUGUGAUGUGUCUGACUGCUAUUGUGGAUUGUUUACAAUCAAUUUGAUCAAUGAUUUGAUCAAUUUACAUCUUGAAAGACUGCAGAUUGUGUGUAUGACAAUUGUUAUGGACUUAGUGAAUGGUCUUGCACACUAAUAAUCUUAAUACACAAAGAAAGAUGUGAGCUGCAGUUUGUCUAUGUUCUCACUAACAAAUAUUUGUGGCUGUAAGCUGCCACUCCCAGAAUUAAUAGUUCAGUGUCAAAGAUUUUAUUUGUAACAAAUCUUUAAAAAGAAAGGCAAUGUGAUGCAUGCAACAUGGAAUGCAUAUUUGAAGAAACCGUUGGAAUCCCAAAGUUAUGUCAAUUUUAGUAACAUGUCCACACUUGGAUACCUCCUGUGUUAUACAGUCAUUUGUGUGAGUAUUUCAGACUAUGGAGACAAUAAAAAUGCC